UGGGCCACACCGUGCGAUUUUGCCAACAGCGGCAGGACGAUGAGCUGGCAGGAUUAAUCUCCACCUGUAUGGAUGGGGACAUAUAUGACCGGUGGGGAAAGCACAUUGAUCCUAAGACCCCGGGAGGAAUUAGGCAAGAAGCCCUCAGGCGGGCAGCGGCAGGGCCUCCAGCAGCCCCGGCAAUGUUCAGGAUAUGGCAGGAUAGGCAAGACCCCGGCGUAAGAGUCGAGGAGAUUGUGGGUGAGAGCGAGGAAGUGACUCAGCAGCUGAAGGCGGGGACUAUAAAGGAGGAACCCAUAGUUGUUGAGUCCAACGAAGAGGCGCAGGAGGCGGCGAGAGAGUCGGCCUCGACCAUCCUGGAGAGGAUGGAGGAUCUGCUUGCAAAGGUGGGAAGAUACCAAGAACGAUUAAGGGUGAUGUGCGGGGAGGCCCGGAAGUGGGAAAUGAACCUUCCUGAGGUGAUGCUCUAUGGAUCCGGUCCGGAAUCGCCAUCAGAGCCGCAAGGGUGUCCAAGUGUGGCAACGGUCGGGGCAGGUCCUACAGCGGGGAUGACUUUCAGACCCCCUACGUCGCAUGGAAGGGUACCACAGGCCGUGCAGACUAGAGGCCAAAGUAAGGCUACCACCAGUCAAGGGCCUAGCCAGGCAGCCAGUCGGGCGCCCACUCGAAAGGACCCUGAGCCCGAACAAAGAAAGGAAGUGGUAGAGGUUCGAGAAGAGGAAGAUGUGGAUGAUGGCGAAGAGGACGAGAGGUUCCGGCAGGAGGAGGACCGGAGGGCGGAACAGAGGGCCAAGAAGAGAGGGGCUCAGGGAGGGGUGGAGUCGAGUCUGCAUGACGGCGUGCCAAAAAGGAAGAAGUAUGCAGUUCGGCUGGAGGAAGGCUUUGACGUGGAGCGAAUGGUGGAUAAGCUCCUGGAGGGUCAUAACGAUCUGAUGAACUUAAAGGACAUUCUAGCGUCAGCACCGAGGCUCCGGGGCGAGCUGAAAGGGCGGCUCUCACGGAGGUUAGUGCCCAAUGUCCACCUGAGCUCAAUCUUGCCCAGGGAGAUAGAGUGGACGGAGGCGGGCACCAUGAUGGAUUGGAAAUGUGUGGCGUGUGGGUUGGUGGACCUGAAGGUGAGGGACCAGCCGAGCAUUGCAAUGGUGUACACGGGCGCGGAAAUGGAUUGGUCAACCAUUCGGACCAUGGCGUGACCCGGAAGCGGGAGGAACAUGCUCAACCUCGGCUCCUUUACCUUCGAGGAGUCCGAAGAAGCGCGACGGAGACUCCGGGAGGAGCAGGAGGAGGAAGGAGUAGGCGAGGUAUUAUCCCUGAGCCUUAACGAUGUGAAUAAGGCAAUGGAGGUGGUGGCCGCGCAUGAUAUGGCGGACCCUGAGGCUAUCAAGGCGUUGAGGGAGCAGGAUUUGCAACGAUUGAAUGCAGUAAUGGUGCGGGACGCGGGAGGAUUGCCGAACGCGGACGCCCUGUCAGAGUCAUGUGCAGGAAGGACUAUAAUCUCACUUAUAGACCUUUACUCUGGGUAUGACCAGUUUCCCGUGUACCCACCGGAUAGGCCGGUGACGGCGAUGCAUACGCCAAGGGGGUUGAUCCACAUGAACGUGGCACCUCAGGGGUGGACUAAUGCGGAGCCGAUGGUGCAAAGGCACAUGAUUAGGGUCAUGCAGACGGUUAGUCCGCAUAUUACUCAGCCCUACAUUGACGAUUUGGCGGUCAAGGUCCCAAAAGAGAAGGAGGAAGAUGAAGUGAUGCCAGGGGUGAGGCGGUUCGUCUGGAAGCACGUCCAAGAUAUCGAUCAAGUUCUGGAUCCGCUGGAAGAGCACAACCUGACGGCGAGCGGCCCCAAGUCGAAGCAUUGCAUGAGGGAGGCCACGAUUCUGGGCUUUGUUUGCAACGAGGAGGGGCGGAGGCCAGAUGUGAAGAAGACAGACAAGAUCCCAGAGUGGCCAGUCCCCUUCCAAUCGAUAACGGGCGUGAGGAGCUUCCUUGGGACCUGCGGGUUUUUGAGGAGUUUUGUGAAGGACUUCGCCACCAAGACAGAGCAUUUGAGGAAGUUGCCCCUCGACCCUGAGAUGGAUACAAACAUGCGAGACCGAGAGAAGCCGCAAGACCCUGAGAUGGAAGCCGAGCGGCCGGAUCCGGUACGAUCUCAGGAGAGAGAGGUGAUCACGGUUGGGGACAAUACCCGUUCAUGCUCCCCAGCUCCAGAGCCAGCACAGGGUUCAUGGCCAGAGGGGAUUCCUGAGCCAGGUAUCGAGGAGAUCCCGGAGUUUCCCCCUGAGGCCACCACUAUACCUGAGCAAGAGGUAGAGGCGGAGAACCGGGGAGUGUGUGAGAGAGCGAGGAUGGAGGUGCCCCUUGACUUGCCCUUGGCCACACAGGUGACCAAGAGCCCGGUUAUCGAGGAGCCCAUGUCAGCAGAGUUACCGAUAGUAAUGCCGUGCGCGAGCAAAAGGAUGGAGGCGGAGGCGUCGACUCCAGGAGGCCAGGGGCCGCGAGUGGAAGGAACUCCAAGAGAGACCCGCGAAGAGAAGUCCGCCCGAGUGCAGGUCCGUCUGGACGAUAUAUACGCAAGACAGGCUGAGAUGGAGGCGGCGGGGAUAGAGCCGACACCGCCGGUCGAUCCCAAGACGAGUGAGCAGAGGAUCGACGAGUUGUGGGCUAGGUAUGAGAGCCAGAGGGAUGCAGCCCGCCAGAGGUCACGAGAGGCGGGACAGGCGGACGAGGAGAUGAGUGAGUUGAGAGAGAUGCGGGACUUGGGGUUCUCCGCGACCAGGCAGGCAAUUGAGCGCAUGGAUCGGAGGGUAUGCGAGACGGCAGUCAUAUCCUUCCAGUGGUAUAAUCUACUCAGCAUUGAGCUCAGAGUUAAGGAGUUGGAGGUUGAGCACCUGACUACUCAGCUUGUCGAGGAAAGGGCGAGGAGCAGGGCUAGAGAGGUUGAGUGGGAGAGGAGACUUGGGGAGAUGGCGGCCGCUGUAGGUAGGCUCCCGGCGGCCUGGGAGGCUAGCCAGAUGGGGCGAGCCGGAGCCAAUAGCCAGGGCCGAGGGGUGCAGGCUUCGUCGGGUCAGGGAGCAGCGGUGGAGGUCCCUCGACAAGCCGAGCCAAUGGAGGAGGCGCCCUUGAACGCAGUCGAGGAGGAGAGUGGCGCGCAGGAGUCGCUUAUGGCUAUGUCCACGGAGAGGAGAGGUUCGCGCUUGCAUGAGCUGACAGCAGCCAUGGGGAUAGGCAGUCCACAGGAGGGGCCUCAGGGACUCGACGCUCCAGAGCAUGCCCCGAGGUUGGGGGAGUUGAGGGCGGAGCUGGGCUCCUGGGCCACGGGGACCGACUUAGGAGGGCUUGACUCGCGACGGCAAUUGCAGCAAGAGGUCAUGAGUGAGCCCGCCGCUAUGGGGGGCUCUCAGCCGUCAGGAGUAUGUAAGGAUGAGGCGAUGAUGACAGAGAGGGUGCAUGAAGAGGGACCCCGAGAGCUGGAUACGCCAGAGCGCGGGCCAGGGACUGCGGUUGCACGAAGGGGUGGAGGUGCUGAGGCUAUGGAGCCCGGACCUUAGGGCCAUGUGGGGUUGCCCUCGUGUCACGAGGUGACUACUGGGACCAUAGGAGCGCCUUCGGCAUCC